AUCCAUAUCUAUAUUUUAUCCGGCGUUCAUUGCUUUGAAUAGCAAAUCGUGCUAUAUACAUAAGUUGGUCUUCCUUGGCAGACAGGUCACAUUGCAUUCAGCAACCGAUAAUCAUGAGAAGUCGGAUUCUUGUUCUGGCCGCCUUUGCUGUGUGUUUAGGUUCAGCGCAUGCGCAGUGCGACCAGUCUAUGGUGAUGAAGGAUGUAGCUGUGUGUCAGCGGCAGUUCAUUGGUGGCAUGGCUUCGGAUCCUGGUGCAAACUGCAGCGUGUUGUAUAAGAACAUGACUACAUGUGCGCACGACAUCGUCUUCCAAAAGUGUUUUGGGACUCUGCUGCAGCAGAUGCCUGGCUUAAGAACAGAGAUAGAGAAGGUUUUCUCCCUUAUGCUAAGCUCUUAUAAUCUUGACGUUACAUACUGCGGAGUGCAACUCGGCGAGGCCGUCAAUAGAACCCAAAUUUCACCAAUGCUGAAAGCACUUGUUCCGUGUGACAGGGACAAGUUAGUCGAGAAAAGUAGAAAAUGCAACGAGGGAUUCUUCGCUAAGUUCCGGGCGAAUAGAACAGACCCAGCUCUAUGCAGCUUGCUUGCGGAGAGUAAGAGAUGCGAUUUAAAAGUAUCCAAAGAGCACUGCCAGGCAUCCAUGGUUGCCCCGCUGGACCCCUAUAACCCUUUCUGCCCAAAUGACCAAGACCCGACCAACGUGGUGCCUACCGUCAAAGCUGGCGCCGCGAGGGAGAAAAUCUGGUCUGUGAGGACUGCUUUGUCGCUGUGUCUCGCCUUGAUGGCCUUUACUAAGGAUUAUUAACUGCAACCUGCAAUUGUAUCUACAAUGAACUUUGGGGGAGGGGAGUUCUUCAGGGUAAAAGGGAUAGGGGUAAUCGUCAGGAUAUUCUAAAAUACCUCUUAAAAAAUACCUAAAAAAUACCCGCUGUUCUUAUUCGCCAACGGGAGCUUUAAACUCCUCUUUUUAAUCGGACUAUUCGCGUGACCAGACUAUUAUUUCGUCGGGUUUGAAGGGGGUUUCCGGGACGAAUAGCUUUACAAAAUUCCACAACUGGAAACAGUAUCAUGCUGUUUGCAAUAAAAAUAGACCCCUUUUGUUACCUUUUCGUUUUUUGUUUGUCAUGAUUCAGAACACGGUAUUCCUGUUUGCGAAAACUUAGUAACCAGGCUUCAGCGCGGUCACUCGGCAAAUGUUUAUUUUUUUCAAACAAGAGCGCGGUGAAAUGGAUAAGUUUAUCGUACGAAGAAGUCGUGAACCAAGACCAGAGAGGAUACGAGAAAAGUCUCCACCAAAAACAAAGCAAGUUACCAUAGAAUCUUUACCGAAAGUCGUUGUAGUAGAAGAUGUCAAGCGCUUAAAACUCCAGCUAGAAAGUGACCUAUCUACUCCAGAAGAUAUCCUCUCUGCACUGCAAGAACUGAAGGCCAAAACCCCAUCAAAAGCUGUUCUUCUGUCAACACAAAUUGGUCACACAAUCAACUCCUUACGAAAGCAUACAUGUCAAGAUGUCUGUCAACUUGCAAAAGAAAUCUUUAGAAAAUGGAAGCAUUUUAUUGUAGAGGAGGAAAAAGAGAAGCCUGCAAUUGACGUUAAAUGCGACUUGAAGACAGAGACUAUGCGGAACAAGGCUAGGGAGUUUUUGGUUAAGGCUCUUCAAGAUGAGGAAGGAAAGCUGUCAGAACAAAUAGAACGUACUGUGUUUUUCAAUUCAAACCGAAAGAUUGAUAAUUUUUACAGAAGAAAGAUGAGAACAAUAAUUUUCACAUUGAAGCACAAGGAACAAAUAAGAACAAAUGUUCUCAAUGGAAAGAUGAAAAUAGAACAACUAUUCCAGGGACUGACCCCAGGUAUACAGUUUAGUUAAGAAAAUUCCCAUGAUUGUUUUGACAACUGCUGCAUAGUUGUACAUUCAUGUACAACAUCAUCAAGGGCUAAAGCCAGAAGUUUGAACAGGAAGGUUCAUUUACCCGGACAAUUUUCUCCUAUUUACCAUGUUCUAAUUCAUAGUGGUACCGUUUAAGCUGACUGUAAAGUCCCCCCCCUUGGCUACUUGCCUGAGGUGAGCUUUACCAGUCCCCCUCACAGCUGUUCUGGACUUGUGGAGACUGAGCCCUAAUUACUGAACAGCAUACCUUUUUUUGUGACCAUUGAACUCUAGUCUCUUAUGCAGUUGGUCUGAUCUCUGUCCUGCGUAAGGUCACAACGACUGCAUAUAGGAGACUAUUGAGCUCCUGCUAGUGAACAAGUAAAGGAAGUGAGAUUCCUAAAGUUUUUACUGCCUUCAGUAUAUUGUAUCAGUCUAAUAUUCUUUCAUUCGCAACAUAGUAAUCUUCUCAUGCGCGUCCUAAACCUCCUGCUAUUAAUCAAGUAAAGGAUUGGAUUUGCACAAGAGCUACAAAGUGUAACUACAUACAUUACCGCCAUUGGUAAAUCGUUCAAUAUAUUCAUUCUCUUAGUUAGUAGCAGAAUCAUCAGGAUUGCCCAUGGCAGGUAGAAUGUAUCAAAAGCCACAGCCACACUGAUAAUUAUCUUAGUGACAUGCCUUCGUGCACGGAGUACCACAAGGUUUGCGCCUUGGACCGCUUGUUGGCACCAGAGAGCUUUGAUGAUCUGGAAAAAAAGUAUGUCACGUGUGUUUAUUUGAUACGUUGCAAACAGUACAAUGUUCUUUUACAUUUACAUCAUGACCGUAGUUUUUCUUGGUCUAAAAUAGUCUGGGGCAAGCGCGCGGGAAAUCUGUGGUAAUCUAAAACGUUGGUGUCCAGACUCCCUUUUCACACUAAGGCGCACUCCUACAUUUUACGGACACGUGAGAACUCAACAGUCUUUUGUGAAAUCGUACGCGAUUUCGUACGAGUUGAGUAGUGCUUAAAAGUAAAUAGUUCUAAAAUGCACAGCUAGGCUUUCAAUGCUUCAGCUAUAAGUAUAUUGAAAUAUGGAACAAGCGAUUUUUAAUAGUUUUUUAAGCAUUUUUUAAGACAUUGUAACAGUCUAUUUUGUAUACUUACUGGGAAAUUGGGAAUUCGUUUUAAUAUAAAUUAGAGCCUUAGCCCUGCAGUCAGCAUAAAUAGUGUUUGAAUAUAUAAAGUUUAUAUUUUACAACAU